AUGGCUGAUGUAGUUUCUUCUGUCGAUUCCUCUGGUAAUGCAGUGGGACGUGGCCAAACGUGGCCCAACUAUCAAGUCAUGGAGUUAGGCAUGCAAAUGAGACAAGACACGUGGUUUGUAUGCAAAGAAGUGCAUAAGAAAAAAUGCUACAACGAAGAAGCAACUACUAGCGGUUAUGAAGAUCAUGGGCAGUUAUGCAGGAAGUGCCUUGACAAAGCUGCGGUAAUUACAGACAUUGAGAACAAAAAUGGGGACUUCUCCAAUCCAUGGGGACUUCUCCAAUCCAUGGAGGCUUUGCACCGGAUGAUGAUGGACAGGACCAUUGGUUCCUUCUUCAUUCCUGCAGCCUCUCUUUCAACAUGUGACAUCAUAAGCGUUAUUUUCUGGGUCCCUGUUUACGAUAGGGUCAUCAUCCCUAUUGUGAGGAAGUUUACUGGCAGAGAGAAAGGCUUUAUAGAGUUGCAACGUAUGGGAAUCGGCCUCUUUAUUUUAGUACUAUGUAUGGUAUCUGCUGCUUUGGUGGAGAUGAAGAGAUUGGCACUUGCACAAGCCCUUGGUUUGGUUGAUGAAAAUGUUCCAAUACCACUUAGUAUCACGUGGCAAAUACCCCAAUAUUUUUUGUUUGGUGCUGCAGAAGUAUUUACAUUCAUCGGGCAGCUUGAGUUCUUUUACGAGCAGUCACCGGACGGCAUGCGUAGCUUGUUUGCUGCAUUGUCCCUUUUGACGACUUCCAUGGGAAGCUACUUGAGCUCCUUUAUUCUUACUGUAGUGACAUCUCGAUCAACGGAGACUAGGAUGAGGAUGUUGGCGAAGGGGUGGGAUUUGGGGGUAGGGGAAGAUCUUGAAGCUUUUGGUCAUUUGAUUGAUAACUGGACUUGCAAUUAUUCUAAAAGAAUUGGUAUAGUUUAG